AUGCGGUCAUCACUGAGACUGCUUGCGGCCAUUGCCCGCGACCAACCGUCAAAGUUGAGGAAGCCGGCCGUUAGCUUCGACCAUUUCAUCCAAAGACAACGAGUUCUCGGCCUAUGGAGAGAAAUUGUCAGAGCUCUGAACAAGAUUCCCAACUCGCCGACGAAGGUUGAGUUACGAAACUAUGCUCGCGAGGAGUUUGAGCGCCACCGCAAUGUGACCGACUUGCAACAUAUACGGUAUUUACAUUCGACUGGCAAGUCGGAAUUCCAGACCAUGAGACGGUAUAUCGAUGAACUGGUGGGUUGA